UCGCGCGAAUUAUUCAUUGCUACUGAUAUCACUAGUUGAGAAAAAGGUUAAUUCUGUGAGGAGCCUCUUCGUAUUGUCCCGUGUACGGAUGAACAAUUGGUUCGGGGCAGCAAUCGAGGUCUUGUUUCUGAAACAUCAAGCUUCCCUCUUCUAUUCCUUGUCAGACAUCAUCGAGAAUCGAUCCGACUGCACCUUCACCAUUCUCUCUACUCCUCAUCUCCCAUUGACUCGGGGCUUUACUUUUCAUCUCAUUAAACUUUCCCCACGCCUCCCACUCUUGAUUAUUUCCUGCCAGACAUCACAACAGCUUGCAAUCAUGGCAAUAGCAGCCAUUGGCCAACUAUGCUCAACAGCAUCUGUGACCCACAACCUUUCACUAUGCCAGAAACUGGUCGAGAAAGCUGCAGCGGCUGGAGCAAAGGCAUUAUUUCUCCCCGAGGCAACCGACUACGUAGCUUCCAGCCCUCAGGAGUCAAUCUCUCUAGCUCUUCCCAUGGAGGAAAAUCCCUUAGUUCUCGGACUCCAGUGGGAAGCAAAGAAAGCAAAGAUGGCCAUUAAUGUUGGAAUUCACGUACCAGCGAGUAACGGUAAGAUACUGAACAGAAGCUGCUGGAUCAAUGAAGACGGAUAUAUCGUGUCCUUUUAUGAUAAACUUCAUCUGUUCGAUUAUGGUGCAUUGAAAGAGAGCAACAGUGUCGAGGCUGGCAGGAAGAUUAUUCCCCCAAUUGACACAGUUGUGGGGAGAGUGGGAUUGACUAUUUGUUUUGAUCUCCGCUUCCCAGAAAUCAGCUUGGCACUCAAACGUCAAAAUGCCCAAAUCAUCACUUAUCCUUCAGCAUUCACAGUCCCCACAGGCAGAGCUCACUGGGAAGUACUGUUAAGAUCAAGAGCUAUCGAGACCCAGGCAUAUGUUAUUGCUGCGGCCCAAGUUGGAGCUCAUAAUGAGAAGAGGACGAGUUAUGGGCAUUCCAUGGUGGUUGAUCCUUGGGGCAAAGUGCUAUUAGACAUGGCAGGGGAGGGAACGGAGCCUGAGAUUGGCCUGGUAGAUAUCGAUUUAGAAUACAGAGAGAAGAUCAAGAGCCAGAUGCCGUUGCUAAGGAGAACAGACGUAUACCCUGAGAUAUGAAGAAGUCCAAGCGUGCACGAGCUGUAUCUAUUUUCAGUCAGUCAGCCGAGCUUGUUCCUCAGAUCCCAAUUGAAUGCAAAAGAUUCAUUCCAUUAUCUACCAGAAGUUCUACAUAAUCUCACAGUGGACAUAAAAAGCAAGACGAAAUGUGCAG